AUGGCUUCGGAGUGGCAAGAGCUGAUUCAGAAGAAGAGGGCUGUGAGAGACGCUCUGAUUCCUGGAGAGUGGCGGUUGCCGACCGAUAUCACCAACAAAGUCUCUCAGGAGAGCUCACACAAUGCCUUUGAACUGCUCAACGAGGCUGCGCUGCUGAGUGACCGGGAAAUCGACAUCACAGAAAACUACACCGCCACGAGUCUGACUGCGAAGAUCGCCUCGGGAGAGCUUUCGUCAUAUGAUGUCGCCGCGGCGUUCUGCAAGCGGGCAGCGCUCGUGCAUCAGUUGACCAACUCCCUCACGGAGAUAUUCUUUGAUAAGGCGCUCGAACGUGCGCGAUGGCUUGACGAGUACUAUGCAAAGGAAGGCAAAACAGUCGGGCCCCUGCAUGGGUUGCCCGUCACUCUCAAGGACAUGAUUCAUGUCAAGGGAGAGUAUUCUACCAUGGGGUUCGUCGGUCAUCUUAAGCAUCCUGCCGCGGAUGAGCACGCCGUGAUUGCCCAGAUGCUCGAAGCCGCCGGAGCAGUUUUUUACUGCAAGACCAACGUCCCUCAGACGCUCUUUGUCUGCGAGAGUUAUAACAACGUGUUUGGGCGGACACUGAACCCCUAUAAGCUGUGCCUCACGCCCGGCGGCAGCAGCUCGGGCGAGGCGGCCCAACUGGGUCUCCGCGGAUCCAUCAUGGGUGUUGGUUCGGAUAUCGCUGGUUCGGUACGAGUUCCCGCAUUGUUCACCGGUGUCUACGGGUUCCGGCCAACAGUCAACCGUCUGCCGUUUGCAAAACAGGCAGAUCUGGCCCCCAAGGGAUGGCAGGGCGUCCAGCCGACCCUUGGCCCCAUGGCUCGCACGGCGCAGGACCUCACGCUGUUCAUGAAGACCAUCAUCCAAGCCCAACCUUGGCGUUACGACGCUACGGCGUUCGCUGUGCCAUGGCAUGAUGCUCCCAGGAAGGAGAAGCUGACCAUUGGAGUCUGGUCGCAAGACCCCGACUUCCCCGUUUACCCGCCCAUCAAGAGGGCCAUGGCUUCCGCCGUGGACAAGCUCAGGGCUGCAGGUCAUACAAUUAAGGUCAUCGCGGCUCCACCAACCAUGAAGGCGAUGAAGAUCGCCAUGCGCUGGUUCGCGCUCGACCAAGUAAACCUGCCCUUCAAAUUCCUCGAAGCCGGUGGCGAGAGCCCGAUAGCGGAUCUCGAAUCCAUGAACCCGGGGAAUUUCCUGGACCCCGGCUAUGUCCCGGAUCUGCACGAAAACAUCCGCAUCAGCGCCGACAUACAUGACUAUCGGGAGGAGUGGGCCAAGAUCUGGCGGGACGCUGAUCUUGAUGUCUUGCUGUGCCCAGCCAGCCGCGGCCCGGCCGUUCCCCACGGAGAGUUUGGCCCGCUGAUGUACACGAUUCUGUGGAACCUGCUUGACUUUCCCAGCAGCGUCAUUCCUUUCGGCCACGUCGACAAGGCCGUUGACUCUACUGACGGCUGUAAGCGAGCCCCUACAUGGAUUUCAUAUGAUGCGAGCGUCGUCGAUGGGGCACCAACGGGGUUUCAACUGGUCGGCUGGCGGUUCCAGGACGAACAGACACUAAUGGCCACGGAGGUCGUCGCAGAUGCGUUGAAGGCCUGA